UCAGCGGGCGUGGGCCAGUGACGACAUGACCAGGCCACAAGGCACCAAAGUUGAAGAAAACAACGAGGAUUCAGCUGCCAACCAAAAAGCCAAAUCAUCAAAAGAGUCAGAACCUAGCCGCUGGAGGCGGUGCAGCAAGCUUUCAGACAUGCAUGGAAGGGUUAUAAAGACUUUGCUUGGGGCCAUGAUGAACUCAGGCCGCUGUCCAAGUCCUACAGUGAGUGGUUUGGUCUGGGUUUGACACUCAUCGAUGCGCUGGACACCAUGUGGAUCCUGGGGCUAAAGAAGAAUUUGAAGAAGCGAAGACGUGGGUGGCCACAGAGCUCACGUUCAGCAAGAAUGUAGAUGUUAACCUGUUUGAAAGCACCAUCCGCAUCCUGGGAGGCCUGCUGAGCACCUACCAUCUAACUGGAGACACCCUGUUCCUAGACAAAGCUUCCUUCUCUGCAGAAAGACAUCGGCUCUCGGCUGAUGCCAGCCUUCAACACCCCGUCCAAGAUCCCGUACUCUGAUGUGAACAUUGGCAAAGGCACAGCCCACCCGCCUCGCUGGACUUCAGACAGCACUGUGGCAGAGGUCACAAGCAUCCAGCUGGAGUUCAGAGAGCUCACCCGCCUCACCCAGGACCCACGGUACCAGGCUGCAGUGGCUGAAGUUAUGACACAGGUCCACAAGCUGGACGGCAAGCUGGACGGUCUCGUGCCCAUGUUCAUCAACACAAACAAUGGACAGUUCACCCAUCAAGGCAUCUACACACUGGGGGCCAGAGCAGACAGCUACUAUGAAUACCUGCUGAAGCAGUGGAUCCAGGGAGGCAAGAAGGAGAACCAGCUCUUGGAGGACUACCUGCAGGCGAUCGAGGGUGUAAAGAAGAACCUGUUGCAGAAGUCUUCGCCUAAUGGCCUGACCUUUGUUGGAGAGGUCUCACAUGGACAGUUCAGCCCUAAAAUGGAUCAUUUAGUGUGUUUCUUGCCGGGCACUCUGGCCCUCGGUGCUCACAACGGCCUGCCUGAUGAUCACAUGGACUUGGCCAAACAGCUGAUGGAGACCUGCUACCAGAUGUAUGCCCAGAUGGAGACUGGCCUCAGUCCAGAGAUCGUCCACUUCAACAUGCAUCAGGGCAGCAACCGAGACAUCGAUGUAAAGCUCGCAGACAGGCACAACCUCCUGCGACCAGAGACGGUGGAGAGUCUCUUCUACCUGUACAGGUUCACCAAGGACCACAAGUAUCAGGACUGGGGCUUUGAGAUACUUCAGAACUUCAACAAGUACACCAAGGUGUCCUCCGGCGGCUACACCUCCAUCAAUAACGUGCGUGACCCAGACUACACGAGUCCGCGAGACAAGAUGGAGAGCUUCUUCCUGGGAGAGACCCUGAAAUAUCUGUACCUGCUCUUCUCAGACGACCCCAACCUCAUCAGCCUAGACCAGUAUGUCUUCAACACUGAAGCUCAUCCCCUGCCUAUAUGGCCUUCCACUGCGUGACACACGCGCGCGCACACACACACACAAAUUCAAAUGGCAGAUGAAACUGCACGUAUAACCAGAACAAACACCUCAGGAUAAUUCCUUCAUCUUCUGUCUCAGUGACUGAAUGCUGUGAAAUCUCAGACCACAGAUGGAAAAAGCCUCUUUUUACUGUUUGGAUCAACUGUUUGCAAAAAAAAAAAAAACAAGAGCCUCCUUCUUGUUAAUUUAUUUGACUAGUCCUUUUGGUUGCAUGGACUUCUGGUAGCUCCAGAGUUUAUGCUGGACAAGCAGAGGAUGGUUUUUGUCCUCAUGACCACCCAGCAUUAAAGAAAAGACCUGAUCGUGACUUGAAUUGUAUUUAAAGCUGCUUCAUAGCUUCUAUUUUGAUUACAGUUGUGAACAUUGUAUUUCUAACAAAACAACUUAAGUGACAAAUUGUGUCACAGAGACAAAAAGUCUUACUUCACCCUUGCAUUGUAUUCCUAUUCCAGUGAAAAGGGUUCUGAAACAGCAUUUAACUCGUUCUAAACAAAGUGUGUCUGCCCUGGUGGUCUGACCCCACAGUUCCACCUCACCGCUCUGCUGACAUGUUCGUACGUCAUCAUGACUCAUAAAAAGCUUCUUCAUCAUCAUGCCGUGUGCUAAAUACACCUGUUCUCACAUGAAAACAGGAAAUAAAUCUGAAGCUUCCUGACAGGUCUUCACACAAGAAAUGUGACUGUGCUGCCUAAAAGUUCAUGUCAAGGAGAAAACAUUGUAAAGUCUUCACACUGCAACAUGAUUAAUGGGUGACGCUGACCAGUCGUCAGAAGUCAGACAUAAUGUUCUAAUAGGGUUGGGUGAUAUGAUGAUCCAUACUGAUGUUCAGAUCCUUACAGAAGCAUUAACAGUGAAUGUUGACGUCUUAUUAAUGAUUAAAUUAAAGCCAUUAAUUACAAGCCAUAACCCUUAAAAAUAUGAUAUGCCUGAUAGGAUUUGCCCAGCAUUUGAAUGUUGCAGCUGGUGAAACUGAUUCUCAUAUUUUAUAAGCUGAUCAUGCUGAAUGUUUACACGUCAAAUCUUAAUCUGCAAAGUGACCUGAGAGACCCAAGUAACAUGUUCAAAGUAGAAUUGAGAUACUGAAGUAUCUAAAAAUUGGAGUCUCGUACUCCACUGCCAUUAUGUUGCCAUCAUUUAUACAGUGAAGUACCUUGGCUCAUCAGGUGUUUCAUUUUCUGUUGGACUAGUCCUGCUUGGUUAAAACCGUCUCUUAAAUGUAGGUCACUAAACGUGACAUAGUAAAUGUUUAGUGAAGGUCAUCCAUAUCACCCAUUCCUUAUUCAUCAAAAUAAAUUCUUUCUGCUUCACUUCUGCCCCUAUUUUUCUUGCCUUAUCGUCUGUGAGGCGUUACUUCUUGCAGCCUGUGUGAAGUGAACCCUGACGGGCUAGAAUCACUUUCUCCAUUUUACACUUGUUCAUGAACACAACAUGGUGGCAACCAGCAAUGAAACGACUGGUCUGAUGACACGUUGAUCAUGUUGCCGCAGUGUGAACAUGCGGUGAGGAUUCUGUCAAUGUCUGUGUGGGUUGGUGUGAUACUGAAAACAAUUUUCAACCUCUCCUCCAUCAUCGCUCUCUACUCGGGGCUCACAUGACCUUGGUCUGGUUCCAGUUGCCAAGCAGCAGAUUUACUUAUGAACUGUGAAGAUUCAGCUACAUUGUUGACCUUUUUAUACUGAGCAGCUGCUCUUUGACUGCAUUUCUUUCUUUUGUCCUUUUCCUUAAGGUGUAGAGUACAUUUGUUUUUCUUUCAGGUGAGAUUUUAAAUAUAAAUUUAGCAUAAUAUAUUUGGUUUGUAGUGUAUAUUUAAAAGGUGUAAUUACAGCUGUCUCAGUGCAGUGGGUAGUCAUGUCUUCUGCACAGCUUGCAGUCAUUCCUGUAAAUAUUCCAGUUUACAUCAUCGCUCUACUUGUAGAUGUUGACUUAAGGACUUCAUGAUUUCGUAUUAAGACCAAACGUCUUGUAAAUUCUGUGUAUUUUUUUUCUUGUCCUUGGUGUUGUUUCACAUGUGCCUUUAAUGUUGCUUCGGACAACAUUCAAAAGACAUUCAACUGUUAACGGUCUGUAAAUGUCCAUUUCUAUUCCAUUUGUGCUAUUUUUACAUGUGCAUAUGUUGCUGAUUUGCAGCUUACGGUCAUUGUGACUUCUGCAGAAAUAACUAUUUUUACAGU